CGGGAGCGCGGCUCCGCCCCGCCCCUCCCUCCCCGUUGGCGGGCGGGAGCGGCUGCGGCGCGGCGGGGCGCGAGGCGAGGCGAGGCGAGGCGAGGGGCGGCAGGAGCCGCCAUGAGGUAGGUGGGAGCCCCCAGUAGCCGAGUGAGGCAGCAUGGCAAUGUUCCUGGGGGCCAGGAAUGCCCACUCGGUCCUGAAGCGCUUUCCCCGAGCCAACGGCUUCCUAGAGGAGAUACGACAGGGCACCAUUGAGCGGGAGUGCAUUGAGGAGGUCUGCAGUUAUGAGGAGGUCAAGGAAGUGUUUGAGAACAAAGAGAAGACGAUGGAAUUCUGGAAAGGCUACACCAACUCUGUCUACUCUGUCAAGGACCCCGGACACAGCACAGAGCGCUCAGAUGCUAUGUACGUGGUGGUCCCCCUCUUGGGAGUGGCUCUUUUGAUAGUCAUCGCCCUCUUCAUCAUCUGGAGGUGCCAGCUUCAAAAGGCCACCCGCCACCGCCCUUCCUAUGCCCAGAACCGCUACCUGGCCAGCCGAACGGGGCGCAGCCUCCCCAGGGUCAUGGUGUAUCGGGAACGGUCGCAAAGCCAAGGGGAAACGCAGUAUCAGCGAGAGGCGAGCAACCGGGUGGUUGGAGAUGGCAGAGCAGGGGGCACCCCCCAGCAAGAUGGCACCCUCUACCCGCCAGAGCAUUCAGUCUCUGUCCUCUCCAGACUGUCCAGUGCCACCCCUCCACCUUCCUAUGAGGAGGUGACAGGGCACCCAGAGAGCAGCAGUGGCGAAGAGACCAGCAUCUCCUACAAUGACCCGCCACCCAAGUAUGAAGAGAUCGUGGCCACUGCCCCUGCUGCGGGCAAAUAGCGGGUCUGAUGCCUCCCUCCUGCCACUUCACACAUUCCAGCGCUCACACCCACACCCAUCCCUCACUGUGCCUGGGACCCCCUUCCUGUGCCAAUCAGCACCCCAUCUCACUUGUACAAGCUGGUGCCAUCACAGAAUAGCCUUACCCUCCUUACCAAAAACAGCUGUCCCAAAGUGGGGGUGGGGAUGGGAAACGGGAUGGCUCUGGAGUCCAGCCAGACAUCUCCUUCCCCCUGCUCUCCACACACAUAAGUGCUGUAGCAGCCAGAGCAGAGUGGCAGCUUGUUACUGGCUCAAUGCGGGGGUCUCCCCAUGGUGCAUUUGAUUUCCUUCCCUUCCCUUCAAAAAGACAUAACAUUUCCUGUGAUUAAAACAGCCUUGCUGCCUCCCUGGGGCUCUGUGGGGCCCUACUGUGUGUACACACUGGCUCAUGGGCCUGAGGCACCUGUGGGACUGGUGUUGGGACAGAAGGGGUCUUUGGGGUUGUUCCUUUGCAUGCCCAAGUUCACUGGAGCCAGUUCAUGAUGUGCUGAGACCUCAGUCUUCACCAGACCCUGUUUUGCUGCUUGGGGCUCUGAUUAGGAGUUGGGGAUGCAGGAGGGGUGCUGUGAAUUUCUCUCUGUUCUCACAGUCGGUGUCCACACUUUGCAUUCAGGAAAGAAAGUUCCCCGUGUGUGCGGGUUAUCUGCUAGGUGGGAGUGGGUAGCUUGGUCUGUCCUGUGUUGCCUGUGGUGGUAUUGUUUGUUUGGAGAACAGGGAGGAGCAGCUUGGGAAGUGUUCUGUGAUCUAGAUCCCUUUUGAAAGGAGGGGAGGCUGGUGGUGAUCUUGUCCAUGAGGUGAGUGACUGGAAUAGUGUCCCAGCAGUUCCCUUCCUGAUGGCCUCUGCUUUCCUGCUGCAGGGUGCCAAGGCGGGGAGUGCAGAGCCCUCCAGAGUGUGCUGGGAGCAGGGGGGCUGGUUGUGGCGGAGCUGGCUGGUGGGGUUUUCUCUGACUUGGAGUCAAAGGUGGUCCUUUGGCUUUAAACAGCAGGGAUACUGCUGUCUCUGGGAGGCUUGCCUGCCUGCUGUCUCCCACACAGGUGGGAUGCAGUUACAGAGUGGUCCUGUGCAAGCCUCCAUCUCAGUUGUUCUCCCAGUGUUCAGUUGUGAAUCACUAUCUCCUUCAGGCAGGAGGAAGUGGAUGGACCCUCUCUACCUGGAGCAGAUAACAGUGCUCCCUUCCCUACCCCAAAUCUCUCUGUCCUGCCUGGCCCUCUUCAAGGCUUUUCAUCAGGCAGAGCAGGCAUGGGGGGUUGUGGGACCCUGCUGUCUUUUGAGACCCUGUGGUGGGCAGAGAGCUUGGUGGCCAUGGCCAUGGAGGGCCUGCUGCUGCUCCCUCCCAUGGCUGGUUGUGUAGCUGGGGGCACUAGAACGAGCAGUGAGAGUGAUGAGGAUUGCAGCGGGACCUUGCUGGGGAGCUGAGCCCAGGCAGCCCCAACAUGGACUUGCAGCACAGGGAUCGUUUGCUGGACAGGUCGGGUAGUGCCUUUGGCUGCCAACCCAGCUGCUGUAUUGCAGCCUGGAAAGUGGGAGUGUGGCUGCUGGGACUGGGUCUGGUCUAGAGGGAUUGUCCCCCUAGAGCCUGUCCUCUCUGCCCCUUGUGCUGGGUGAAGGUACAACUCACUUGCUCCGACACUGCCUCAGUUUCCUCAUCUAUAAGGACAGACCCUGCUUGGGCCCUUGGUUUCAUCUUGCUGGAGGGGAGGGCAAAAAGAUCUUGCAUAGGGGGAUAUGAGGGUGUUGGGAACUUUUCUAGAUCUUACAGGUUUGAGAGAUCCCUCUGUUAUCUGCGAACAUGUGGGGAGAUCUCAUGCUGGUGCCCAUGGGAGAUUUGAAAACACAUGGGAGCAGGGGACAGGGCCUGGCGGAUUGUGCUGGGUUUCAGGCUCAGGCUAACGGGGUAAAACAAGGGCAGGUGUGCACAUAAUGGGACCCAUUAACCACAUGGUCUGCAUCUCCCCUGCCCUGCCCAGCCUGAGCCCGGGGCACCUCUCCCCAUGGCUCUCAUCUCCCCGAUCGCAAGGAGGUGAAGGGCUUACAGGAGCUGGUGCUCUGGGCUAGCUUUUUCCCCUUCCCCUCCUUUCAAUCCCGUUCCCUGCAGACAUGAACCCCUGACUGGGGCAUGAGCCCUUGGCUUGGGGGCAGCCCCCAUGCGGCUGCUGAGGGCCCAAGUGGGGAAUUUGGCCCCCCCCACCCCUCCCAUCUCCUUUUGGCCACCCCUGGGGCUUUUCCGUCAUUUGCUAGUCUUCAGUGGACAAAGCAACAAGGUAGAGAGAAGCAAAGAGACCCCCACAACCCCGGAAAGCAGCCAAACUAGGAAGAGAAACCACACAAAAUCAGAGCUGCCCCGAGAAAUGGCUGCACAGGUGAGAACUGACUGACCACAGCGUGCCCUGGGCCCAGCAGCUGGGGACACCAGCGGGAUGGGAGCAGGGCCAAGCCCUGGUGCCUCUGACUGCUGGGUCGUGGUGGCAGGGCAGGGCUGAGCUGGGCACUUUGGUGUGGGACAAGCAUGUCCCCUUUCAUGGAGCUGAGCUGGAAGAGCAGCCACUUGCAGGGUCCAAGUGGUAGACCUGUCCUUUCCCAGUAACAUAUAGUGGGUUAAAAAGGAGGUCCUGCUUCCCACCCCUGGCCCAGGCUAGGCCAGAAACACCCAGCGCGCCAGCCCUCGGGGUUUACCCCAGCCCUGGUCUCUCCACCAGCACCGAAAGGCCGUCGUAUGUCUGUGGGCUGCCCGUGGCCUUGCACCCCGCUGUCCCCCUUGGUCCCAGCAGUGCGCUCGCAGCAGGUCCUCUCAGCCCAGAGCCGAGGUUUAUCCAGCGCGGCCGUUGCUGGGGCAGGGCCCACGCCUGUGGGAUUUGCAGCUGCGAGCACCUAGUCUGUCUCCUCCCAGGCCUUUACUUUGCCUCUUGGCCUUAGCAAAUUGGGGUUAUGCGAAGACCUGACGAUGAGCGUCAGGGUCGGAGCCUGGAAAAGACCAGAGGGAGACAGAAGGGCACUCUUGGAUCCUCUGUCUUUGAUGCUCGGUCAUUAUCCCUGCAGUUUGUAUUCUGUAAAACUUGGUAUAUUUCUGUGCAAAAAGAUAUUUAUUAAAAAACCCUCACUGUC